GAGGGGGCAGGUGGCGCGGGGACCAAAACAGUGUCUUCAAGGGAGUUGGCGGGAGAUAAAAGGGAAAGGGCUUCUGUAGGCCGGCGCGGGGAUGGGGGAGAAGAAGGAAACUAAGGUGGCACCGAAAAGGAAAUAUUACGGAGAGAGCAGAAAAAGAUAGAAGUUCGAGAAGAUAAUGCAUAGAAGGAAUUAUGGGGAAAUUCCUUUGUGGAGGCGGGAGAGAAGAAAUAAGAUGAGCAGUCAUUUGCUUCGGGGACCGCAGUGUGACAUUUUCCAGGAAGAGUUAGACUUGUGGUUUGAUUGCUGUUUUUGUGAUAGACGAGUAAAUGGGUCGUAGUUUUGUCCUUCAAAAUGCCAGUCCAUUUCAUUUCCAAACUGCGUGAGAGGAAAACGAUCGUCAUCCGUCUUACCUUGGUUUCUGUAAUGCAAAUUUAAAGUCGGAGUUAAUAGUUAUCAGCAGAGGUAAAUAAUACGUAGAGCCGAAUUCUGUUUUAAAGGACUGAUGUGAACAUUCUAGCCGUGGACGUUAGUAUUGUAAAGGUGCCAGUGAAAGUGUAGGCAAGCAUAUGCUUGAAGCAUGCAACAAUAAUCUCGAAAUGGCUGUCACUAUGUUCCUCGAUGGUGGAGGAAUUGCUGAAGAACCCAGCACUAGUUCUGCAAGUGUAUCAAACCUGCGACCACAUACAGAAGAUGAAGUGAGGGCACCAAUUCCUCAAAAACAAGAAAUUCUGGUAGAACCAGAACCCUUAUUUGGUGCACCAAAAAGACGCAGACCAGCUCGUUCGAUAUUUGAUGGCUUUCGGGAUUUCCAGACAGAAACUAUUCGGCAGGAGCAAGAAUUGAGAAAUGGAGGAGCCAUAGAUAAGAAGCUCACCACCCUUGCAGAUCUCUUCAGGCCUCCAAUUGAUCUGAUGCAUAAAGGAAGCUUUGAAACAGCCAAGGAGUGUGGUCAAAUGCAGAACAAGUGGCUCAUGAUUAAUAUUCAGAAUGUGCAGGAUUUUGCCUGUCAGUGUCUCAAUCGUGAUGUUUGGAGCAAUGAUGCUGUAAAAAAUAUUAUCCGGGAACACUUCAUUUUUUGGCAGGUAUACCAUGACAGUGAGGAAGGACAAAGAUAUAUACAAUUCUACAAGUUGGGAGAUUUCCCUUAUGUGUCUAUCCUGGACCCUAGGACAGGGCAGAAACUAGUGGAAUGGCAUCAGUUAGAUGUAACUUCUUUUUUGGACCAAGUGACUGGGUUCCUAGGUGAACAUGGACAACUGGACGGACAUUCUACCAGCCCUCCCCUGAAACGCACUCGCUCAGAGAGCUUAAUUGAUGCGAGUGAAGAUAGCCAGUUGGAAGCUGCAAUCAGAGCAUCAUUACAGGAAACACAUUUUGACUCUGACCAAAUCAAGCAGGAGAGCAGAUCGGAUGAAGAGUCUGAAUCAGAGCUUUUCUCUGGAAGCGAGGAGUUUAUUUCUGUUUGUGGUUCUGAUGAUGAUGAGCCAGAAAAUUCUGCCAAGUCGAGAAAAUCUCCACACAAGGAUUUGGGAUGUAGGAAAGAGGAAGGCAGAAGACCUCAACCUGAACCAACAUCAAGAACUGAGCCUGAGAUAAUAAUAAACCACAGAGGACUAUCUUGCAUUGAUUCAGGGGUGCUAGAAGAAACUGGAGCUAAGCCAGAUGACUCACAGAAGGAACCGAAUGUGAAUGGACCAAAAGCACAACUAAUGCUAAGAUAUCCAGAUGGGAAGAGGGAACAGAUUUCAUUGCCUGAACAAGCUAAGCUUCUGGCUCUCAUCAAACAUGUACAGUCAAAAGGAUACCCCAAUGAACGUUUUGAACUCCUCACCAACUUUCCCCGGAGGAAACUUUCCCAUCUGGACUAUGACAUCACAUUACAGGAGGCUGGUCUUUGUCCACAAGAAACUGUAUUUGUACAGGAAAGGAAUUAGUUUCCCCCCAUAUCAUCUUCACCUACAGUACUAACUCACUACAUAUGCAGAUUUGAAAGCAGGCAGCCUUUUGCUGAUUUCUCUUUCUUCCCAUACUUUAUGCUAUUCUUAACAAGUGAACGAAGUGAAAUCAGCAGAAAAAGUUCAAUUGGCGUUGAUGCUGGAAGAGGGCUUAUGUGUUCAGUAGUUCGUUGCUGUUGCAAAAUAAAGUUGCCUGUACAUCCAGCAUGCUGCAGACAGAGAAUACAAGAGCAAGAAAUAUUUUUCUUCCCCUGAGAAAAAGAAAUCUGUUUUCUUUAAUAUAUUUAUUUUUCAAAGGUCAUGUGACCAGGCAUUAAGGAAUUCUUCAGACAACUAUCUCAAUAUGUGCAGUCUACACGGAAGAGAUUUUGUGUUCCCAAUUGUCAUGCGUGUCAUUUGGUUUUCAGCAUGUGUUUUUUUUUCCCUGGGAUGCCCACAAAUCAGAAUGCUUCCUGUACUGAUGCUGGUUGCAUGUAAUAAAUUGUCAUGCAUUUAUUAUGCACAGGCAUUUUAGGAAAGGAGCACAGGCCUAAAUGACUAUGUGAAGAGAUUCUGUGUUUUGGCUGUGUGUGGAGAAAAAAAACAAAUGAAGUGCUGAUUCAUUUGCCCACGUAUCCCUUCAUAAGUCAUAGCAUGUGCUAUUGCAGAAGGGGCGUAGAAUGUGGAACAUUAAAGUGUCUAUUUUAAAUUUAUUUGUAUGUACUGCUUUUGUUACAGAGGAAUGAGAUAAUAAAGAAAAAUAAUAGAUGUA